UGGGCACCGAUUGGCCAUUAACCUCCUACGUCACGUCCUUCUUCCUCUUCGACCACCGCCAUAGUGGGAAAAGGACUGUGGACAAAAUGUCGUCCCACAAGACCUUCAGGAUCAAGCGUUUCCUCGCCAAGAAGCAGAAACAGAACAGGCCGAUUCCUCAGUGGAUCAGAAUGAAGACCGGAAACAAGAUCAGGUACAACUCCAAGAGGAGACACUGGAGGAGGACCAAGCUUGGCCUGUAAACAGGAGGAUCUGUGGAUCCCGGCCUCCCUCCGCCUUCCCGACAUCACCAGGACCUCCAGCUGCUGGAGCGUGCCGGCCGGAGGGGGCCAUGUUAUCUGGAGCAGCCGUCGUUUUGUACAGAUACUCUGGUUAUUCUCAUGUUUGACAAUAAAAGAUCUGUGAUCAAACUUGAA